AUGGCCUGGAAUAAUCAGUCAGUCGUAACUGAAUUCAUACUACAGGGUCUCUCCGGUUCUUGGGAACUCCAGAUCUUCUAUUUCCUGUUUUUCUUCAUAGUCUAUGCAGCCACUGUACUGGGGAACCUCCUUAUUGUGCUCACCAUCAUGUCAGAGCCACACCUUCACUCCCCCAUGUACUUUUUGCUGGGCAAUCUCUCCUUCAUUGACAUGUCUCUGGCCUCAUUUGCCACCCCCAAAAUGAUUGCAGAUUUCCUCAGUGAGCACAAAGCCAUCUCUUUUGAAGGCUGCAUCACUCAGAUAUUUUUCCUGCAUCUGUUAGGGGGUGCUGAGAUUGUACUGCUGAUAUCCAUGUCUUUUGAUAGGUACGUGGCUAUAUGUAAACCUCUAAGUUAUUUAACCAUUAUGAGCCGAAGAAUGUGUGUUGGGCUCGUAUCACUUUCCUGGAUUGUUGGCAUCUUCCAUGCUAUGAGUCAGUUAGCAUUUACUGUGAAUCUGCCCUUCUGUGGACCCAAUGAAGUGGACAGCUUCUUCUGCGACCUCCCCUUGGUAAUUAAACUCGCCUGUGUAGACACAUACAUUCUGGGAGUAUUCAUGAUCUCAACCAGCGGCAUGAUUGCCCUGGUGUGUUUCAUCCUUUUGGUGAUCUCCUAUACUAUCAUCCUGGUCACUGUGCGGCAACAUUCCUCUGGUGGGUCCUCCAAAGCCCUCUCCACUUGUAGUGCCCACUUCACUGUUGUGACCCUUUUCUUUGGCCCAUGCAUUUUCAUCUAUGUGUGGCCUUUCACAAAUUUCCCAAUAGACAAAGUGCUCUCAGUAUUUUAUACCAUUUUCACUCCCCUCUUGAAUCCAGUGAUCUAUACCCUUAGAAAUAAAGAUGUCAAGGAUUGCAUGAGAAAACUUAGCAGCCAUAUCUUUAAGUCUAGGAAGACUGAUCAUACCCCUUGA